UCAAUCGAUCGACUUCUACGUUUGAUACGAUCGUUUGAAUGCUGAAAAAAUAAUGAGAAAAUGAAAGAAAAUUUUGAAUCGUAGAAUUCUCACCAUGUAGGGAUUGAGAAGAUAGAAAAUUGCACUUUGUCUAAAACUUAUAUGACUCUUUGGUUUGUUGAUCCGAGUUUUUUAAUUUUAUUUUAAGGAAAGUGAGAGAGAUAACAUAGUAACUAAAAUAUGUCUUUUUUUUUUUUUUUCUUUCAUUUUCUUCGUAACCAACCAGAGGGUCGGAUUUCACUCGAGUGCUUUAUAACUUGUGAAUGCUAUUGCUGGAAAUUUUGAAUUUUAGGGUUCUCUUUCAAUAACCGUGGAACUAUUGUCAGUUUGGAUGACUGAAAUUUUUGUUAGAUUAGCGGUCUUUGCCAUCUCGGAAUGUUCGCUUGCAUAAAAAUAGAUUUAGUUUACAUACAGAGAAAAUAUGAAAAAAAAAAGUAACAAGAUUUUGAAAGGAACAAUUUUCACAAGCGAUGACUCGGGAAUACAGAAAAAUGCCAAUUAAAAUUCACACUGACUGUUUGGCUUAAUUGGUGUGACGGGUGUUUUUGCUUUUUUCAUCUUUUUGGAAGGAAAAGAUGGGAGAUAACAAAUUAUUGAAAAUGGUGUUUUCUUUUAUUGCUCUAUUUUCUUGGAAACCAAACAGAGGAGUUUUCUCUUUGAUGCUUUUAACUUGUGAGUGCUAUUGUAAAAAAUUUUGAAUUAUAGGAUUUCAUUUUGGACUACAACUCAAGCUAGAUUUUUUAUAAAAUAAACUAUAUGAGAACAUUACCUUACAUAAUUAUAUAUAUAUAUUAGAUUUGGCUUGAAUAUUCACUAAUUUGUUUGCUAAUUUUACUAUGUAAACAUAAAUGAUAUCUACUAUGUUGCAAGUGAAUCCCAAUAUAAAUGGAAGUAUUUGGAAGGAAAGGAAGAAAAUAAAAAAAAAAUAAAAACUCUUAUCUUAAAAAGAGAGAGAAAAAAAAAAAGAAUUUUGAAGUGCAAAAUAAGUAAAAUGAAUUUAAUUUCAUCUGCUAUAACCCGUGAAUAAUAAAAAUGUGGAGUAUGAGGGGAAAUAAGUGAUAUGACUGAGGUACAUUGGGAAGAAAAAAAGUCCAUGAAUUCUUCAUAAUUUUAUAUAUUGUAUGGAUAUGGUUAUAGAUAUAGAUGUUUAAACAUUGAUUGAUUUUUUAUCAAAGUAUUUUUGAUAGAAGUGCUGAAAAGUGCUUUUACGAGAAUCACUUAAAUGAGCCGCCUUAUAUCUUAUGCGAGGAUUGAAAGUUGAUGUUAGCAAUUUUUGGGAGAUAUUCUUAGGAAAAACUAUUUUGGAUGCUUGUUACUUUCCAAUCACCCACAUAUUAGAAUGCUUUGGUCCCCUCUUGGUGAAGGGAAUGAGGAAAAAAGCGAUAGGAAAUUUCUUUGGUUUUGGAGGGAUGUGGGUUCUCAUUAAAGGCCAUGAUAAUGAGAUUUUGGAAGUAUUAAUGGAGAUUGAUGUGAGAAGAGGUGAGCAAGGGUUUAAAUAGCUCAAAUCAAAUUAAAGAAGUAGGUAAUAAGAACCUGUCCAAGAAAGAAAGUAGUUGAGAAUGCAACUAAUUGUUAGGUUUUUGCCCUCUUGAGGAAAAUUGGAGGCUUGCAUGAUCCAAAUAAGAGCAGAGUGAUUAAAUCCUUUAUGUGGGGGAAAAACCAUAGUUGUGAAAGGCGCGUCUUGGCUCCAAGCGGCUUGACGCAACCCUUCGGCGCCUCGCCUGAAGGCAAGCGACGCCCUUUCACAAAGGUGCUGCUUAGGCGUGCAAGGCGCUCACCUCCGGCAAGGUGCGAUGCGGCCCACAGUGUUGGGGGUUUCCCUUUCACAUGUCAGAAGGAUCAAAGUGUGUGGUUGCUUCUGCUGAACACAAUAAAGUAGGACCAAAUUACUUUGGUUUCUAUGUGCGUGAAGUAGCAGAGUUACUCUCGCAAGAUAAGGAUUUUCUACCUUGCUCUUCCCAAGCCUCUGAAUUAUCUGCAAGAACAGGUGGACAAGUUAGGGAUGGGGAUAAAAUAAAGCAUGGUUGUGAUGGUAAAGAGGCCAAGAGCUCUUCUAGUUCUGGUUCUUUGUUUAGUAAUGGCAUUGGAGCUGGGAUUUCAGAUUUUAAAAAUGAGAGAUUGAAAGCAUUGCUCAGGCAGAGUGUGACUUCUCUGACACAGGAAGUUGAUGAGAUGCUCGAUCCUGUUCUAGCUAUACGUCAGAUACAAGCACAUUUAAGAUACAAAAAGCAUCAAUCCCGUAAUUCGAAUGGUGAAUCUGAUGGUUGUGCAGGGCAAUUUCCCUGUAAGAAGCGUAAGAUGUCCUCUCCAAAUGCUAGUCAUAUCAGUUGUGGAUCUAGUAGAGAGGGUUCAGCAUUUGAGUGCGUGGAUGGGGCUUCUUCGGAAAAAAGAAAAUCCAAUAUUGUUAAAAGCUGUGCUCAUUGCCACACUACAGAGACCUUGAGGUGGCGAACUGGUCCAGAGGGGCAUAAGUCUCUAUGUGAUGCUUGUGGAAUCAGACUUGAAAAGCAAAGGGAGCCUCUUUUUUGUUCAAAUACAGGAGCUGAGAAAGAAAAUGGAGAAGUGAAUGACGAUCUGAAGAUCCUUCUAGAGAAUGAUUGCUCACUGGUUGAGGAGAGAGUGAAGAAAUAUUCGGAUGAACUAUCUGGAACACUAGGGCUUAUGGAGCAGCAACUUGAACAACUUCUGGACACUGUAAUGUGCCAGUGCAGGCCAAUGACCCGCCGUGAGAAGCAACAGCUUCAAAAAAUGAUUCAGAAGCUACCUCCUAAAAAUCUUGAACGUGCUGUGGAAAUUAUCCAGCGUGGUAAGCUACCAGAAAUACACUCUGAUGAAAUCCAUGUCAAUCUGGAAAAAGAAGAUAAUGCAACAUUGUGGAGAUUGUAUUAUUAUGUUGAAGCAGUUGAAAAGGCUAGGAAGCUUUCAAGGUAGCUCCACUGAAUUGAUCUGUAUCAGGGCGAGAGGGGGCUUUCCCUUGCUGAACUCUGAAGUGCGUAGCCUCAACUUAAUUUUCUGAAGAUCGAUUACAGAAGAGAUGAUGGGAGCCUCUCACACCAAUUUUCAGUACUUGAGUAAAUUUACAAAAUUACAUGCAAAUCAACCUGGUAAAAAUGAUACUAAGAGAACCAAGGGCAAAAGGUUCAAGCAUACCCCAUUUUCUCAAGGAAUUGGGAUAUAAGGUUCUGCAGCAUGUAGGUAGGUCUCGGCAGUUGAACUCUUCAUUUCCCCUUUGUUCAUGAUGUCUAGUACUUCAGAUAUUCAUACUGUAAAUUUUGUAAAAUUUUAAACUCAAAGCCACAGGCGUUUUCACGUUCAAGUUCAGGCAUUGGUUAGCUAAACAUUUAAUGUAGGUGUGGCAUGCAAUUCUCUAGGGUUGCCGAAUGAGUUAAACAAUGUAUAGCGUGGGCAAGAUUUCAUGUAACUUUCAUACUAGAAAUUAAUCGCUGAAGUGGAUUUCUAACUAA